AUGACGCUUGUCGCCUUGGAGCAGAUAGCCAUCACGCUCUCUUCCACCUCAUGCGCGAUAGGGAGCCGCCAAAGACUCGCGCUUAUCAAGCAGAAGCGCUUUGGGCACCUGUUCAAACUGCCCGUGCGCGAUGGAAAGCAGAACCGCCACCGCGGCAGAAUUAUCUUCGGGGAGGUCAACGACCCAAUCGUCUCCAUAUUUGCCUUGAUUGGACCGCCCUUCUGCGAAACCUCCGUACAACAUACGGUCGAAGACUGGCGACACGCGCGCAAGAGACCUAGAACAUACGGUGAAGACAACGGCUGCCGAAUCGCGGUCCUGUCCGACUCGAAGUCUGACGUCACCUCGACGAUCAAAUCUAUAAGCUGA